AUGUCCUCGCCAAUCGCUCGCGAGUUUGAGGAACAGCUCCGCUACACGAGGGAUCUGGCCGAGGCCUUGUUGAACCCCAGGAUGACUUCAUCAGCCUCCACGGCCACCCCGAUGAAGCAUGCCUUUGCCCGCCAUGUCGACGACGUCAAGGCCCCCAAAAGCGACAUCAAUGCUCUGAUCCUCGACUACCUCACCAUGGCUGGCUAUCCUAAUGCCGCCAAGAAGUUCUCGGCCGAGGCCAACCUGCCUGCUCACCAGGACAACGCCUCCAUCGUGGCCAGACAGCAGAUCCAGACGGCCAUACACAGGGGAGACAUUGCCACGGCCAUCAGCGAGCUCAAUGACCUAGACCCGGAGAUCUUGGACACCGAUGCUGCUCUGCACUUUGCCGUUCUGCGCCUCCAGCUGGUCGAGCUGAUCCGCCAGUGCAAUGCCACGCCGGGCCGUGACAUCCAGCCUGCUCUGGACUUCGCAACCCAGCAGCUCGCUCCCAGGGCACCCACCAACCAGCAGUUCCUCGAAGACCUCGAGAAGACCAUGCUGCUUGUUGUUUUCUCCCCAGAGGCUGCCGAUCCUUCCUCGGCCGCGCUCCUCAAGCCGGAUCUCCGCCGCCAGGUCGCCGACAUGGUCAACAAGGCCAUCCUGCAGCGCGAGACACAGCGGAGAGACGCGGCGAUCCGCCAUCUGGUACAGAUGCGAGCGUGGGGCGAGGAUACGGUCAGGAAGCAGACCAAGAAGGACCUGCCGCCUCGCAUCGACCUCGGCCUCAAUGGCGACGAGGGUGACAAGAAUGGUCUGCAUGAAAAUGGUCAGGACACUGUCAUGACCUAG